AACAUUAUCGGCAGUAGCGCGACACCGACUCGCCGACCGGUCGUGUUUUAUUCUGUACUUAAUAUACGUUCAAAAUGCUCAAACUAGUCAGGGGAAUACGGCGAUUGAAUCAAUGCCGGCACAACCAUGCUACCGUCAUCGGCUCCGAGCCGAACCGUUCUGACCCUUACUACCAAGAGAAUAAGGCGAAGAUGGACGAGCUUGUCGCCGAGCUGAGGCAGAUAACCGGUGACACCAUCAAAGGCGGUUCGGAGGAGGCCGUAAAGCGGCACACGGCGAGAGGAAAACUGUUCGUCAGGGACAGGAUUAACCGGUUGGUGGACGAGGGAAGCGACGUUUUAGAACUGAGCACGCUGGCCGCGCUCGACAUGUACAAAGGGCAAGUGCCGAGCGCCGGCAUCGUCACCGCUAUUGGCAAAGUUCACGGUCGUGAUUGCAUGAUUGUGGCUAAUGACGCUACUGUUAAAGGAGGAACCUACUUCCCUAUGACAGUGAAGAAACACUUGAGAGCUCAAGAAAUUGCGCGGGAAUGUCGUCUUCCGUGCAUUUAUCUCGUGGAUUCCGGCGGCGCGCAUUUACCUGACCAAGCCGAGGUCUUCCCGGAUAAAGAACACUUUGGGAGGAUAUUCUACAAUCAAGCCAAUUUGUCUUCGGAAGGAAUUCCGCAAGUGUCAGUAGUUAUGGGUUCAUGUACUGCCGGAGGAGCGUACAUUCCUAGCAUGUCAGAUGAAAGUAUUAUUGUUAAAAACCAAGGGACUGUAUUUUUGGCCGGCCCGCCUUUGGUGAAGGCGGCUACAGGCGAAUCAGUGACUUCUGAAGAGCUAGGAGGUGCUGACCUACAUUGCCGGCUCUCUGGUGUCACCGAUCAUUACGCUCAAGACGAUGAACAUGCUCUCCAUUUAGCAAGGAAUGUUGUAGCCAACUUAAACUGGAACAGCGAACAGAGGACUCGUAUACACACGACUACAGUCGAAGAACCUGCACUCGACAUAAACGAUCUUCACGGCAUCGUCGGAGCUAAUAUCCAGAGACCUUUCGACAUCCGCGAAGUAGUCGCCAGGAUUGUUGACGGAAGCAGAUUCCAUGAAUUCAAACAACUUUACGGAGACACGCUGGUGACAGGUUUCGCAUCCAUAUACGGACACCCUGUUGGAGUGAUCGGUAACAACGGAGUGAUACAGUCGGAGGCAGCUUUAAAAGGAUCACAUUUCAUUCAACUUUGCGCAGCUAGAAAGAUUCCCCUUCUAUUCCUGCAAAACGUAACUGGUUUUAUGGUUGGUAAAGACGCGGAAGCCGGUGGUAUUGCUAAAAACGGAGCUAAAAUGGUGACAGCUGUCAGUUGCUUCAAAGGUCCAAAGAUAACCGUGUUAGUUGGUGGUAGUUUUGGAGCAGGAAACUACGGAAUGUGCGGACGCGCGUACUCGCCUAGCUUCCUUUACAUGUGGCCGAAUGCUAGGAUAUCAGUUAUGGGUGGGCCCCAAGCGGCUACAGUUUUGUCGCUUGUUGCUAAAGAGAAGGCACUGAGGGAGGGGAAACCGUGGACUGAUGAAGACGACAAAAAAGUGAGAGCUCCUUUGGAAGCGUUGUUCGAGAGGGAAGGUCGGCCUUACUACAGUACCGCUAGACUUUGGGACGACGGAGUCAUUGCUCCUAAGGACACGAGGAAGGUCGUGGGCCUCAGUUUGUCCGCAUUAUUGAACGCUCCAUUCAGAGACAGUAAAUUCGGUGUAUUCAGAAUGUGAAGUGAUAAAGACAGUGCUAAUAGUGUAUGACGAAAUGUGUUAUCAGUAAUUACGAGAUAACGGACACUGAUUUGAUUAUUAUUUUAAGUUUCACAAAUUUGUCGUUGCCGUUGUUACCUCUUAAUUUAUUGUAAGAUUGUUUGGAUAGUGAAUUGAUUUAUCGGUAAAAUUAAGUUUGCAAUUUCAUAUUUAUCUUAUCGGUCGUGAAGUGUGAUAGGGUUGCUACGUUAAAUGUUCGUUGUGAUUAGUUAUUAAUAUGGCAGCAAAGUCAAGAUUGUUAUUUAAAUAGAUAAGAUUUUUCUUUACCUUGUUAUCUGUAAGUACAGAGACACACCUGUCUAAUAACUCAAAGAGCAAUUUAUAAUUACGAUUUCUUGUUAUACGUAAGAAAUCUUGUGUAUUAUAGUAAUUUGCUCAAGUCUACUGAUUUAACAGUCUCCCCCACAAGACUAUACUUAAACUCUUCAAAAUAUAAACGUAUUUAUUCGUUUACCUAAAUAAAGACUGAUUAUGAGUCGAUUUUAGUAUAACUUUCUGUAACUGCUUUGAUAACAUUUCCAAGGUUAAGUUCGCGAAAAAGACAAACAGGUUAUCACAACAGUCUCAAAUCUUUUGUACAGUCAACCGUACGCAAAACCAACUUAUAAAAAUCAACCCUAACCAACUACGAAUAAGGGUAGUAUCACUAUAAAAGUGUUACAAAACUUGUGUGGUUAACUGUACUGUUCAAGAGAGUUUCAUUGUUCGAUAUUAUCACAGUUGUUUUUCUCAAUGACCACAUUUAUGCGAAGAUGCGUCAUCGUUAUAUAUUUUUAUAAAUAAAAUACGUUACGUAAU